GGGAGAAUCCAAAAUAAUGGCGUUGAGUUACGGAUGAAACAAACUAGGUGGAGACGGAUGAAGGCUCUUGUUCGGUAUUUAAUUGUGUAGUCGGAAAGAAAGGAAUGUGAACAACAGAAAUGGCGUCUAUAAUCAAGAACCAGCUUCUGAAACACUUGUCCAAGUUCACCAAGAACAUGUCUCCAGAUAAGAUUAAUUUGAGCACACUAAAAGGGGAGGGUGAACUAUCUAACCUGGAGUUGGACGAAGUGGUUCUGAUGGAGCUUUUAGAAUUACCAACAUGGAUGAAGUUAUCAAAAGCAGUUUGCAACAGGCUCUCAAUAAAGGUACAAUGGACAAAGUUAAAGUCUCAGCCACUGUGUCUGUACCUGGAUGAGGUAGAGUUGGAGAUAGAAACCUGUGACAAUCCACGACCCCCCAAUAGCCCUGCCCACGUGGCCAGCUACAGGACCGGGGGAAAGUACGGGUUUGUUGACAGAGUCAUCGAUGGAAUGUAUGUCCACAUCAAUUCUGUCCUGGUUAAGUUUCUCUCCAAGAAAUUCCAUGCUUCACUUCAGUUGUCGAGGGUCAAAGUUCACAGUGUCACACCCAACUGGAAGCCCUCAGAUGACCUUGGGCCUACAAAAAUCAGGGACACAGUGAGAGGACAGAUUCUGCUGUUUAAGGAGUUUGAUUGGCAGACAACGCGGAUUGAGGUCACAGCUGUGGAGGGGGAGAGUUCAGAGGCUUUCCUAACCACGCCCCUUAGAUUCAUCGCCAACCAAUCAAAAAUUAGAAUCACCAUCAAAAAGAGACUCAGUGACUGUGGUGUGUUGGCGACUCGGGUGAUGCUGCUAUUGGACGAUCUGUUAUGGGUCCUGACUGACACGCAGCUCAAGGCGGCCAUCUUGUAUCUCAACUCGCUCAAUGACAUGAUGGAGAAAUCAAGGCAGCAGAGCAAAAACAUUGCAGCAGAAAAGCUAGAUAUGCAGGGACUGAGCUCCUUGUACAUGGACAACAUGCAAACACAGCGCCCCAGGAGCCAAUCAAAUGUGCCCAGUGCUUCCCGCCUCUUUGAGCGGUUUGAUGUGCAGACGACAUCAUACCAUGUGAUCAGCAGCAGAAUUGACCUUCACCUUUGUGAUGACAACACCACAGAUACGAAAAAUAUUCCAGGCCAUAACUCUCAGAUAGAAGGAGGGGCCAUGCAGGUCACCGUUCACAAACUGUCAGUGGAUGUGUAUCCAUUUUUCCCAGCAGAGGAGGAGUUGAUCAUUUCACGCGGUGGUGAAAGAAAGAACUGGUAUAGGUAUACAGACAACCAAGGCUCUCGGAAUCCAUGGGUCCAGGAGCUGUUUAAAUCAUUCAAAAAAGAGGCCUCAAAGGCUCGUGAAACCCUGAACAUUGCCUCCCCUUCACAGUCCCCGGGUCACUCAGUGGCCAAUAAAAACACAGAAAACACAUCCACCAAUCAAAGUAAAGCUCCUCCCAUCAGACCACCUCCCCCCAGUACAAGUCAAGGUCAGGGGUCACCAAAGCAAAACCGACCUCGAUCUACAAAAUUAUUGGAAAGCUGCUAUGUGAUAAAAGUUGAAGAAUUUACAAUAUACCAAGUGUCAACUGCAGACAACAAAAGAAACAACCCACAGAAGUUCCUGAGCUCAGAUAAAAAGCACCUCCAUCUGCCGCCGGAUAUGUCUGUUCUUCAUGCUGAAUACACAGAGUAUUUCUUUCCAGAAGGCAGCGACUUUCCAGUGCCUCAUGCCAAUCUUUAUGUCCUUCUGAACCCGAUUCACCUCAGCUUGGACUGGCUGACCCUGCUCUGGGUCAAUUUCUUCAUGCUAAACCUCUCCAACAGCAUUAAAACAAUAGAGCUGGAGGAGGGCCCUAUAGAGCACGUAGACAUGAAAGUGGAAGCCAUUAUGCCGAGGAUUGUCGUUCCGGUUGAGGAUAAGAAGUGUGAAUUACCGGAUUUCCCAAGAAGUGUUCAGCUGCAGAUCUCCAGAGUGUGUGCCACCAACACACGUGUGAGUGGCCCAUCCUCACGGGAGAGCUUGUCAGACGUGAUCAGUAACUAUGCAGCUUCCCCGUUAUUCUCUACCCAAGCAUUCCCUAAUGACAAUAACAGUUUGAGGGCUGUAACAGAGAGCUUCAACAGACAUGCCAAAAACAUGGAGAAUCCAUAUAUUGACAAGAGAGCCCUGGACUUGGUGAACGGACAUAGUAGAAAAUAUUCUCAAGAAGAAGUGAGUGAAUUCUGGAGGUCCAACACCUUAAAACAGAAUGCCAGCUUUGAUGUAUGGUCUAUCCAUGCAGAGCAGGUGUGGGUCGAGUUUUUAGGACAGUCUGAUGUGAAGAGUAGACCUUCUCCAUUUGUGGAAUCAAUUCCUCUGUGUCUCUGGAUUUGUGAUAAAAAGGAUGAUAUUGCAGACACCACAGAAUCCACGGCGCAGAGCGUUAAUGGUGUCGAUUCGUCUAAUGAUGAGAAAUCCAGCAACAGUGAACAGUCUAGUCCCAAGAGACAGAAGAGACCGACUCAUCGGUUGUUGAAGGACUAUUAUUCUGAUGACAGCGAAGCAAGGUCAGAGGAAUCAAUCGACAGCGAUUUCCAAGGAUCUCAACCUACCUGUGAUACCAAAACCAGUGCCAAUGAUAACCAUGUGCAAUAUUCAGCUCUGAGGGUUGCAGAUUUCAACCUUGUGGCUAAAAUUGGUCCCGGUCCCCUCAGGGCUCAGAUGACGCAUUCCCAAUAUAUAUUCAUCAUGCGUCUGCUUGAGUCUUUCACAGUUUUUCAGACACAGAUGGAUGCAGAUGUUAAAUAUUUUAUUACCACAGCAUCCCCAGAUUUGACAUUUUCUAUUCCACUGAUUUUGUCAGAGUUGGAGUUUGCAAUGCUUUGUCCCAUUCAGGCAGCAAACACAGAGGUACCAUUGACCUUCAUCAGUCCACCAACUUCCACCAGCGGGCAGGAGGACCUGGUGGAUGAGGUGAUGGAGAAAGAAGAAGAGGCUGACUCCACCAUCAGCGACACCCUGGCCCUGAAUGAAAAUCAUGAUGGCUCCUCCAACCAGAGUUUUUCUCUUGUUGAUGUCGUAGAUGUCUCCCACCACACACUAGGCAAGUCGUACAGCGACACCAAUGUCCAGAAUGUUGUUCCAAUGCCCAGACACUCUCCACAAGGUCAGAGUGCAACGGAGAGCAGCAGUCUUCAAUCUCGAAAUUCUCAGUCAUCUCUAGCACUUACCUCAAUGGGUCGAGAAUCUGGCUACGACUCAUUCUCAGAAGCUCAGGGUCAGCAUGGAAAGAAACCGGUGUCAAAGGCAACAGACUCGAUGAAAAAAUUCACCUUCAAAAUGUCUGGCUUAGCAGACAAGAUAAAAGCCAAGAUGGAGAAUCUAGGAGAUGAUACUUCUAGUAUUUCAGACAGUAUAGACAGCAUGUCCAUAAGGACAGAUAGCUCCGAAGACGACAUGGAUUUUGAGGAAUUGUCACUGGAUGAUGCGGAUGUUCCCAUGUUCCAAAAAGCCAGGCCAGAAAGUGGGUCAUUUUCUACGGACACCGAAGCAGCCGAUGAUUUGUCUUCCUUUUGUGCAGAACAGAGUGCAGCCGAGGCCAAAGGCAAAGAAACGGGUAUUUUUAAGGAAUGUGCUGUUGACGCACGAGUGUCUGUGGUGUUGUUCAAACUGACCUCGUUAGAGCUAUUGCUGCAAGGAGAUGGACCAGACCUGGCCGCCAGACUCCAAGCACACCAACUCCUGACCAUCCAGCCAGGAAAUAUGACCUAUGACGCAUUCCAACAAAAGUUCCUCUCACCAACAGGUUUCUUUGGCCAGGAGAAGCUAACAACUUCAAAUUCUGAUCCUACAGUGAUGUUGAAGUUUACUGCUGGUCCAGGGUUUAAGCAGGACUCUUGUUCUGGGUCGGAAGAGGGGUUUCUUAAUGUGAAAGCUCAAAAUUUUGGCCUUCAUUUCAAAAGCUCUAGUUUAACCACCAUAACAAACUUUAUUGAGGACAGGAAAGAUGGAGAUUCUCUGCCUUUACACAUUGACGUCUCCCAUUUCAUGUUGAUUUUACAAGAUGACCUGGUUCCCCCAGGAUUUCAGAGCUCCCCAGAACCCACCCACAUACAGAUUCACUACCUCACAAUCACCGGGGGAAAGGAUGGUGUCAUGCACCUCAACAAAAAUGUGUCCAAAAAGAGGUUCAUGGUGGAAGAAAAAGGUGAAGAUGUCAAAAGCUUCAAUGGUGAGGUGGAAGAUCUGGAAAAUGAGGAGCAAUUCUUAAAGGAAGGAAAGGAUGCAGAACUGCAAAGCCUGCAAUCAGUGAAGAAAAGGUUACAAGAACUGGAGGCUGAAAACAGGCUGCUGAGAGAGCAGACCAAGAAAUCAAACGCAGAAUCGGAGACAGCGAAGAACUCCAAACAGAUGCUGGAAACAUAUGCAACAGAAAAUGCACGUCUGAUAGAGAAAAUUGGGCACUUAGAAGAUGAACUUCUUUCCGUAACCAGGGAGAAAAAUGCUUUUAUAGAGACCCUGACUUUACUACAGGAUGAGUUGAACCUUUCGGAGAGAAGACGACACGAUUCAGACAAAUGAGAGAGCUGAAGUUUUGUUUGCCAUAGUUCGGUGACCUAAUACCCUCCAUUACCUAUUGCGAUCAGUCCCUGUCAGUCGUCAUACAGUAGGAUUUUCAAUGUCUUUUCAGAAACAACAUGACCAAUUGAAAUUAAAAUUGGUAUGCAGCAUUUUUAUUGGUAAAAGAACAAAUAUUGUGAACUUUUUGUCCCCGAGAGGUAAUACCAGAAUUUCCAAGGAGUGCAAUCUUUAAAUAUUGUCUUUUCUACUUUGGCAAUUUACAGAUAAACUUUUUAUAGUUGUAAUGGCUUUAGAGGCUUCUACCAAAUCUUGAAAUUCAUGAGACUGAGGUCAUAGGAGUGGGGCUCUAUGCAUCAUACACAGCAAAUAUAUAUAAAUCUUUAGAUAUUUUUAAAGGGCAGAGUUUGAUAGGUCAACCAAGGGCUUCAGGGAGUUGGGCAGAAUCGUCAAUUGCUUAGAAAACGGUAAAAUAAUAUCUUUUAGAAAGGUCAUGAAGCGUACAAAUUUGAAAAUAGAUAGAGUGAGCGGGUAAUAGUGGCAACAAAAAAAACCCCAAAGUUUUAGAGCAUGUAGGUCAAGUGACAUAUCAUUUGAAAAAUCUGGAAGAAUGGAAUUCAAAGAUGUUACUAUGGUGGAAUCACUGAGUACAAAAGUACAGUUCAUUUGCUUUGCCAUUGGAAAGUCAUGUAGAGUUCAUAUAUUAUUCUGGAGGUGGAAAUGGCCACCAGAUGCAAAAUUUGUAUUGUUGUUAAAAUCUGAGGAAACGGUAGCGAUGUUUAACUUUUGUGAUUUCUUGUCCUGAAAAAAUGAUAACAUUCAGCUCAUAGACAAAAUACGUACUCUGUACUUUUUCCGUUAGCAAUAAGCAGCACUGCAAGUUCUCGAUUUCUUGCUGUUUGGUGCUCAGGUGUCCGUAAGGUCCGUGGACUGUUUGUCCCCUGUUGGAGGAUGUGUGUUAUUAGAACUGGUUAUUUUUGUAUCAUAUUGUAUCAAGUGUAUGGUUGUAAAAUUAGUGUCAUAAAGAGAAAGAAUAUAAGCCUUCAAUACCUGUCAUGUUCACAUGUUACUGAGCGAAUUUGUUUUAUAUUUUAUUGUUACUGUUACAAGAUUAUGCAAUGGAUUACAUGUAUGUCAUGAGAGGGAUGAAAAUUUGACAGUCGGUAAAGAUCAAUAACGAAAUUAUGCAGUUUGUUUCAUUUUACAUUUAGUGACUGGUUAAGAAUUUAUAUACAUGUAUUUGAAAGUGUAGCCAUUAAGGCAUGGAAAAAUCUGCUCUUAUAACUGAGAAAAAAUUUCCAUGUAGUAAGCAUUCUCAUAUCAUAUGUAUUCGGCUUUCUUCAUAUCGUGACCUCCAAGGCCAGAUUGGGGUCACAAUGGGUUUUUAAUUUUCACAUGGGGAGUUACAAUGCUCAGGUAAGCAAUGUGGCCCAUGAGCCAGAGUUUCUCAACCUGCAAUAAAUGACUAUACAGUGUGUCCGGUACUAAGCCUAUUGUAGUCCAGGUUCAAAGGUCAUGGGCUAGUUAGGAAUUACAGUGUAGCACUAGUAGUGAGAGACUUAGUGGACAGGGUCACAGAUCUCUGUGUCAGUUACAGUGCUGUAUAAAAAUCAAUUCUUCCUCGAAUGUUUCUCAGAAAAACCAGCUAAAAGCUUAAUUGUUUUGUGAUCAUUAGAAAUCCCAUCUCUUGAUCAAUACUUAUUAUAACAGCUACUACAGUUUCAUGUAUGCUCAUUGUAUUUUGGUAGUUAAACAUUUUUUUUAUUAUUUGAAAUACAUUAUUCUUCAUAGAAGAGCCUAUGUAUGCUUAAUCAUGGAUGCUUCCUGUCGCAUGUUACAAUGUCUUUCAGAAUUCAAUGGCUGUAUAUGUGUCAAAUUUCUUAGAUUUAGACUGAUUUAGAAUUAGUGCACAAGACUUGCUAGUAUUAUUUAGUGUUCAUUGCGGUACAAGAAAUUCACUGAAUGUGUAUCAUAUUUCUUAGAUUUAGACUGCUUUAGAAUUAGUGUACAAGACUUGCUAGUAUUAUUUAGUGUGCAUUGUGGUACAAGAAAUUCACUGAAUGUUGAAACUUGUUUGUUAUGGGAUAUAUUGUCUUAAUGUCACUCAAGAAGAUCAAAAUGUAGAAAGAGUAUUUUGGAAAAUUUGGUGUGAUUUUUUUUUUUUUUUUUUACAGAUUGUAAUCAAACAUGUUAGUUUGUAGUACAUGUACUUCAUUUUCAUACCUGUUACUGUGCUUACUGUGUUUUUUACAAUAGUUGUUCAUGUAUUUUGUUUGAGAAUUAGAUUGUUUAAUGAAAAUGACACAACUUGAAAUGGUUGAUACCCCCCUUUUUAACCACUAUAUGCAAGCAUGCCAGAUCCUUCUGCUUUGUGUGCUACCAGGAAUGUGCAAAACAUUUACAAAGAUUUUUAUGAGAGAAAAAAACAACUGACUAUUGGUGGGAGUUUUGACUUGUAAAAAUUUGGGUGUAUGGAGGGUUCCUUUGAUAGGGGUGAACAAAUGUGGGCGUGUCUAUGUGUGUCAAUCUUCUGCUCUCAGUAGUAGUGCUCUUCUGUGAUCUGUGUUACUAAGUCUCUGCUUUUUGUAGUCACCUGUAUCUGUGAUCCAUGUUAUUAAGUCUCUGCUUUUUGUAGUCACCUGUAUCUGUGAUAUAUCACCAAUAGUGAAAAUUACAUGUAUUAUAGUGCAUCCUAUACAUGUAUUUAUGAAAACAAAAUUUUAUUUCACUAUAAGGAAUUUAACAAAUAUGAAAAUUUAUGCAUUGCUUUUGUUCAGAUAGUUGUGUUUGCAUCAUCUCAAGCCAUGGUCUGGAGUCCGCUUAUAGGUGAGAGAAUCAUACAUUUUACCCAUGGUUUGUGAUGACGCUGUCCUUGGCACAAUUACAAUUACAUUGUACAAAAUAGAGAGGAAAUUUGAAUGGUGUGGAUUCCUAUUUUUGAAUUUAAAAAAAAUCAAAUGAUGAAAACAGAUCAAAUGAUGAUAUGUAUUUGUUUUGAUAUAUUAGACUUUUAUAUGCUUUGUCGUUAAUGGAAUCCACCAGCAUUGCAGUAUCUGGUGACAUGGGUUAUUAAAAGGAGAAGUGAAUUUUACACAGAUAAUUUUAUAAAAAAUAUUUUCACUGCAAUUGAUGAAAUGCUUAGAAAGGGAUACUGUUGGAAUAUGUUUUUGUAUACAUUUUUUUAAAAGUAAGAUAUAUACAUCUAAUGUAUUACUGAAAUGACACAAAUACAGGCAUUCAGAGAUACAGUAUUAAGUAUUGUGUAAUGAAUGCUUUCAUGAACACUAUGAACUGUUUAUUUUUUUAAAAUAGCAGAAUUUAUUUUGUCAAAAUAAUUCCUUGUUUUGGAUUAGAAAUUUCCUUGCUAUACAUUGUACUAACACUUUUUAGGGUGGGGGGGGGAUGUCAUUGAACAGAAUAAUAUAUUAAGGAUUUAUUGCCAGAUUCAGCAGUUUGACACCAUUGUUAAUUUUUUGUAAAACAGUUGAUUAAAACUAAACUAUAUGCAUCUUUGGAAUGAUUGCACUCAAGGUUUGGGAGAAUGCUGGAAAUUCACACGAAGUAAUAAAUUCUGGAUGCUCCCCAUCUUGGUUUGCAGGACUGGGUGAAUGAUUGUUUACUAUUUAUAAUGGUCAACUAGGGAACACAGUUAAAAACUGUUGUAACCAGUGCAUCACAGGGUACAAUGCUGCUUAUCUCCCCCUGUUUAAUACAUGUAAUCAGAACUUGGGUAGCUACAGAACUGUAGCUCUCGUCGAAAAUAUUAAGACAGAUCAGAUCAGUCCCAAUAUAUUCUCCCAGAGUUACUGUUCUGCAGCUAGAACUUGGGUUGAUGUUGAUGAGCAGCAGUCUACAUCUUGUUUUAUUUAUUAUCUCGUGUUUAGACGUGUGGUUUUUGUUAUAUUCAGGUCUGAUGAUGUAUUGUUCAAAUUCUUCUGUCAUUUUGUUAAAAGGAAGAAUAACGCAUUGUCGCUAUGGAAAUACUCCAUAGGUGCAAAAAUUAAAAAACAAUAAAACCUGAAAUGUA